AGGUAAUCAGUAUUUACAUUUAAAAGCAGGCAGAUCGGCGCAGAUCCCAGGCUGAUGAUUCAACCAGAGGGACGCACAGAAACAACUGCAGGCUAACAACACACUACAGUCUGCGUGCUGCUGCUGCUAGCUAAAGGUACAGCUGUUUACAACUCCACACCAGCUGCACCGUCCAUCCCGCUGGAGGGACGCGGACUGCCCAGAGGGGACAGAUGAACGAGCUGGUGAAGAGCUUGCCCUCCCCGACUCUCCCGGGGCUCCACCUGCCUUGUCUGGACACCCACAAGGGCUGGCUCUUCAAAUGGACCAACUACCUGAAGGGCUACCAGCGGCGCUGGUUCGUCCUCAGCAACGGCCUGCUGUCCUACUACAGGACUCAGGCAGAGAUGGCGCACACUUGCAGAGGCACUAUUCCCCUGGCCAAAGCUCACAUCGAGGUGGGUGACACCUGUCACUUUGUGUUGACCAGCGGAGGCCGAACCUACCACCUGAAGGCCACAUCUGAGGGGGAGUGUCAGAGAUGGGUGUCAGCCCUGCAACAAGCAAAGGCUAAUGCCACGCUCCUGGUGCAUCACUCAGAUGACUCAGGAGAUGAAACCCCUGUGCCUCAGGAGGACCGUGCCCUCACCCAAGGAGCACUGCAGUCCCUGACCACUAAGUUGGAGGAUCUGAGCACCUGUAAUGAGCUGAUCGGAAAGCACGGCGCCGCUCUCCAGCGCUCCCUCAGCGAACUUGAAGACCUGCGUGGGCCCACCGAAGGCACGGACAGAGUGAAAGCCGUUAAUGAGCGAGCCACCCUGUUCCGCAUCACCUCUAAUGCUAUGAUCAAUGCUUGUCGGGACUUUUUGGAUGUGGCGGAAUCUCACAGUCGGCGGUGGCAGAAGGCUCUGCACUAUGAGAGAGAACAGCGCCACCAUCUGGAGGAGACCAUUGAACAGUUAGCCAAACAGCACAACAGCCUGGAGAGAGCGUGGAGGGAGAAUCCCACCUCAUAUGCAGGUGUGGAGCGAUCUCAAGAGGGUGAUGCGAGUGAUGAAAAUGAAGAAGCGGAGUUUUUUGAUGCCAUGGAGGACGCCCCUUCGUUCAUCACUGUGACUACCACUGGAAGUAUCCGACACAAGCGCUCAGGCAGUAACCAGAGUAUGAUGAGUGGAGGAGUGCCCAAUGACUGGACUCACAAUGAGAGUGACACCUCAGGCACAAACCAAAUGCAACUACGAAGAACAAGACGCAGUCGUAUACCUGAUAAACCAAACUACUCCCUCAACUUGUGGAGCAUCAUGAAAAACUGCAUCGGAAAGGACCUAUCCAAGAUUCCCAUGCCUGUAAACUUUAAUGAGCCGCUGUCGAUGCUGCAGCGUCUGACUGAGGAUUUGGAGUACAGCGAGUUGCUGGACCGGGCGGCUCGCUGCGACUCAUCUGUGGAGCAGAUGUGCCUCGUGGCUGCCUUUUCCGUCUCGUCCUAUUCAACCACAGUCCAUCGAACCGCCAAGCCCUUCAACCCUCUGCUGGGGGAGACUUACGAGCUGGACCGACUGGAGGAGUACGGCUAUCGCUCCAUCUCUGAGCAGGUCAGCCAUCAUCCACCAGCUGCGGCCCACCAUGUGGCGUCAGAGCGAGGAUGGACUCUGUGGCAGUACAUAACUAUUGAUAGCAAGUUUCGGGGGAAAUAUAUUUCUGUCUUGCCAUUAGGUAACAUUCACCUGCAGUUCCACUCAAGUGGAAACCAUUACGUGUGGAGCAAAGUGACUUCCACAGUGCACAACAUCAUUGUAGGGAAACUUUGGAUCGAUCAGUCUGGAGACAUCGACAUUGUGAACACCACCACAAAGGACACCUGCCGUCUCAAAUUCUCCCCAUACAGCUACUUCUCCAGGGAAGUUCCACGAAAAGUAACCGGCGUGGUGGAGGACAGAGAGGGAACAGCCCAUUACAUCCUGUCAGGAACCUGGGAUGACAAAAUGGAAAGUGCAAAAAUAGUGGAAAGCAGCCGGGGAUGUGGAGGCUCAGAAGGCAAACAAAAAACUGUUUAUCAGACUCUUCAACCCAAACUCCUGUGGAAAAAAUACCCUCUUCCUGACAAUGCAGAGAACAUGCACUAUUUUUCCACCCUGGCACUGACCUUGAACGAGCCAGAGGACGGUGUCGCCCCAACUGACAGCCGUCUGCGACCGGACCAGCGGCUGAUGGAGGCGGGCUUGUGGGACGAGGCGAACAUCGAGAAGCAGCGACUUGAGGACCACCAGAGAAUGGAGAGGAAAAGAAGGGAGGCACAAGCUAACCAGGCUCUGGAAGAAGGGCAAGAUGUGGAAAGUUACCAGCCAGUGUGGUUUGAGAAGAGAACAGACGAAAACACCGGAGAAACAUCCUACAUGUACAGAGGUGGCUACUGGGAAGCUAAAGAGAGACAAGAGUGGGGUCACUGUCCUGAGAUCUUCUAGGAAUCUGGUAGUUUUUUGUUUUUUGUUUGGAGGGUGUUAGGUUGGCUUAGAUGAGCAGGUGGCAGUGGGUGAGAUGGCUAACUUCUCUCAGCUUCUAAAGCACAAAACCUCCAGCCUCUACUUCCUAUGUAUGUGUUCCCUCCCUGUUACAGCUGUUCUACCAGGAUGCAUGGCUUUGAUUGGUAUAUGCUUCCAUGCUCUGCAGAACUUUAUAUGUGAGCAAUUCAAGUUAUGUGUGUGAGUGGACUUUAGUUUACACAGAACCAAUUUCAGCACGAAAUAUACCCAACUGAGUGUGCAUGGACGAUCCUGGGGCCGUGGAGCUACCUUGGUGUAAAAGUACCAAAUGUCCUGUACCAAAUCAGAGAUGGAGGGUAUCAGUCUUUAAAAGAGUUGGACAAAAGCCUUCUUCUGUGCUGUGAAGUUGUCUCAGCAGUGCAUGAUUUGCUGAUUCUUCACAUUCUUUGUUUUUGUGCUACAGUGUUUUUUCAACAUUGCACAACAGUAUCCUGCAGCACAAGCUGAACCCAGAGUGGCCUCUAAAAACAAGGACCUUGUUUCAUUGAGAGAUGAGUAACAAACACUGUCAGUUUAACAGUUCUAAGCUAGUUCAAUGCAAAACCCCAGAGAUCAUGUAUGACUGAACUAAAGGAGUUUUAUUGAGUCUAUGGUAAAAUAAAAGCUGCAGUGUUAGUGUAAAUUAAUGCUAAUCUUAGAUGUCAGAGAUGGCAAAGUGGAGAUUUUUGUACAUCUAACAGACUGAGAAGAUUUUGAUGUUUGACCCAGUUAGGCAACUAAUCUAAUUUGAGCAAUUUCCAAUGCAUUAGUCAUUCUAGUAAAAGGCUAAACUUUGUAAGUGCUUCAGAAAUACAAUUUGUACAAAUCUACAGUUUCACAGCAAAAGCUUGCAUUUUUCACCAUCAGUCUUCAUAUUAUCCUCUACAAGUACAAAUCAAAUGCAAUUUCUUUUUCUUUCAAAACAAAAUGCAGUUUAUAAAAAUAUUCCAACCAUUUCCUGAGAGCUCAGGUGAUUUAUACCACUAUCACAAUUAAGUUUAAUUAGGUCACACCACUCAAGCAGACAAAACGUUUCAAGCUUUUAAAGGCCUUAAAAGCACAGACAGCUUUUAACUUUCUAGAUGAAACUGCACUAUUAAACUUAAUGAUGAGGGAGAACAGCUCAAUUCAUAAUCGAUAUGAUUUUAUUUGAGCUUAUAUGAUCUAUAAAUGAGUUUUGUCAAGAUGGAAUCAUUUUGAUGCUGAACUCUGUAAGGGGUUUAGUUGAUAGGCAAAUUGAACAUGAAAGCACUUUUGAAGAAACAUUAAAGUCUGUGACGUUUUUUUAAUUAAGCACAUCAUCUCAGAUGAUUCGGAGCGGAAUAAUCCGAUCUGAUUUGGCAGGAUGUGAAGAGCCACUGUUCCUUACAGUGUGUGCACCAAAGGACCGAUACUGAGCACCUUUUAACGAAUCCCAUCAAGUUUGCAACAUCUUUAUAUGGGAACAAAUGCAAUAAUUCAUAGACUCGUCUAAAUCACGUGAUUUUUCACCAGUAGGUUGUUUGGGAGGUUACUUCUUUAGAUUAAGUUAUAGACAAGAAUAAUUAGAUUUUUUUUUUCAUUAAUUCCUUUUUUUUCUAUCAAAUUCCAAAUCUGGCCUGAUUUAUUAAAUUGAUAAAUGAUUACCGUAUUACUUAUAAAUCAUAGUUAAAUUAAAAUUGUCAGAAAUUGAAACUGGGAAUCUCAACUCAUUUGAGAGCCUUCUAGAUUUUAGGGUAAAUACUUUUUUUCCAGCACUCAACAUUCUGCUUCCUGUCUACCACAAAUUCUAAUAUUGGGUGAAAAAAACUUUAUAAUGAUGUUAAACCUUUUACUGCUGUCUCAUUUGAUUUUUAGAGGAAUAUAAAUUAGUCCCUUGUACCUGAAAAUAUGUGAAGACUCAAUUUUAGGAGUUUCUCAAAUGCAGAAAUCAGUUCAUCCUUCAGGGUUACACACAAUGAUAACUUAAAUUGGUGCUUGAUGAUAAUUCUAGCCUUAAUUAGAGCAUGUAACAAAAGAGUAAUCUACAGUAAGUCUGACCUAGAAAUAGAAACAUUUUAUACAGAUAUUUAUGUUCAGACUUCCACAGAAUGCAUUCAGGUGAUUGUUUUGGGUAACAAGGUUUAGAAUAUUAAAACAUGAACUAUUUUCCCUAUACAAAGAUUAAGAAAUAUAGAUAUUCAUGACAAAUAUGUAUAUCAUGUGUAUAUGUAAAUAGGAUUUUUUUUUUGUUGUUCUUGUUGCUUUAUUAAAAUGCUAGGAAUAAUGCAAAAGAAACAGCUACUUCAGUACAAAAAAGCACUACUGUGUCAAUUUAGUAUAGAUUUCCAUUAGAUGAGUGGUGGAUUAGUUGCUAAUAUGCACAUGGACACCCAUAAUAAAUACCUUGCAUAUCUAAUACUUCUGUAUAUUUAUACCUUACUCUGUACAAUAAUGGGGCAUGAUUUCACUUUUAAGGCUGUCCGGUUAGUUUUCACCAGUAAUUAGUAACAACACAGUAGAAGUAGAAUCUCAACAGCUAAAUCACUGUAGAAUGUUUGACAUUACAUGAAUAUCCAUGCUUAAUCACUCUAUCUUCUGGUUUCGAAUAGUCGAAACCAAACACAGCUAAUGAGAUGUUGCAGAGACUGAAUUGUGAAUGUAAGAGGAUUAGAUGCUGGAUGUCAUAUUACUCUUAAAAAAAUGUAUGAAAUCAUGUUCAAAUAAAGCACAAGGUCUUCUUGAUCUGCUGUAACACUGUACAGAAUCCAGAGGUUUUCAUCGCAGCACACUCAGUAGCUAUGCAUGGUUUCAGAGUGCAAAUGCACUUUUGUAGUGGGCAGUCUUCUAACCUUGCUAAGAGUGGAUUGCCAAUGAAACAUGAUGUAAAUUCACCUUUUGUGCCCAAUUACCUUAAAGUUUCAAUUUUCCAAAUCAAAUAAAAAUACUAUAAGAAACCGUGA